AUGGGGGACCUCAGCGUCGUCGUGGGUACCACCCCGGCGUACCAAUGUGCCGCGCUCCAACAUCAUCGCCGUACACCAGGUGGUGGUGCAUCCCGAUUACGACAAACUCGCAUUCGCAACGACAUCGCCAUCCUGCGCUUGACGAGAAGUGUCGCCGGCAUCGAUCACGUGGCCGGCGUCAAAGUACCGCCUCUGAAUCAGGAACCGCCUAUUGGUGCAGUGCUGCAGACCGUUGUAUGGAGCCGGACGCAGGAAGAGGUCGUGGAGCCGUUGCGCACCAUUCCACUCAAGAUAAUGAACCGCGAAAAGUGCCGUCGAGCGCUGGGUAGUCAAACGAUUCCCUCCAGCCAGAUCUGCACCGAGAACGAUGAUGGCGGCCCUUGCAGUGGUGACGGCGGCGGUCCGUUGGUAUUGCGGCGGAUUAAUGGGGAUUAUUUGGUCGGCUUGUCCAGCUACGGCACCAAAGGAUGCCAUCCCGGCACCGCGGACGUCUUUACAAAGGUCAGUCACUACUUGGACUGGAUCCUACGGACGGUGGACAGCGCAAGUCCGGCUAGCAGUGGGUCCGCUUCCGGGUCGCAGCGACGGACUACGCCCUCCCCGUCGAUCGGUUCUUGA